UACGAAACUCAUGCACGUUUUAACUCGUUUCGGACUCAUCCUUCCUCUUAUUUCCUAUAUAACGCUAAGUCGUUAACAUUCCUUAAUUAUGCUUUGAAAUAGUAUUCAAAUUACUUGUCUUUUCUUCUAUCUCUCAAUUACACACGCACAAUAUCAGCAAUAAUGGAGGGUAAGCACAAGAUAACAGAAAGUGCUCUGACGCAGCCUCUAGUAGAGUUAGAGGCAAAUGACAUUUCAGUAAAAGAAGGCAACACAUCUUUCUUCAAAACUUGUUUCAACGGCCUCAAUGCCAUCACAGGUAUUGGAAUUCUAUCAGUUCCGUAUGCCUUAGCAGCAGGAGGUUGGUUAAGUCUGAUCUUACUUUUCAUCAUCGCCUUAGCGGCUACAUACUCAGGUCUUUUAGUGAAACGAUGCAUGGAAGCUGAUCCAAGCAUCAAAUCCUACUCCGACAUAGGCGAACACGCCUUCGGACGCAUAGGCAAAGUUGUGGUAUCCGUAGUUCUAUAUGCAGACCUCUACAUGGUUGUAACAGGCUUUUUAAUACUAGAAGGCGAUAAUCUACACAACUUGUUUCCAGAAAUUACGUUUGAUUUAUUUGGGAUAUCGAUCGACGGGAAAUCAAGCUUCAUUGUUCUCAUUGCAUUGAUUUUGUUGCCAACAGUUUGGUUAGAUGACCUUAGCAUUCUUGCUUAUGUCUCAGCUGGUGGAGUUCUAGCAUCAUUUGUUAUACUUAUAUCAGUUUUUUGGGUUGGUGCUUUUGAUGGAAUUGGGUUACAUAACAAAGGAGAACUUUUCAACUUGAAUGGAUUACCUACGGCUGUUAGUUUAUUCAUGUUUUGCUAUAGUGCUCACCCAGUUUUUCCACCGCUCUAUACUUCCAUCCAAAAGAAACAUCAAUUCUCUACGGUUUUACUCCUAUGUUUCACAGUGUGCACUCUCAGCUAUGCAAUUAUGGCAGUCUUAGGCUACGCAAUGUUUGGAGCAGGAGUAAACUCACAAAUCACACUAAAUCUUCCAAAGCAUAAAGUAGCCUCAAAAGUAGCAAUCUACACCACUUUGGUGACUCCACUAGCAAAAUACGCACUCAUGUUGAAGCCAGUGGCACUCUCCACUGAAAGUUGGUUUCCAACAUACCAGAAGAACAAGAGCUUCAAAAUUUUGAUCAGAACAUCGUUAGUUGCUACACAAGUAAUCGUAGCGUUGGCGGUACCGUUCUUCGGGUAUCUCAUGUCACUCGUUGGGGCGUUACUAAGUGCUACUGCAUCUCUUACCAUCCCUUGUUUAUGCUAUUUGAAGAUUUCCCGCACCAGAUGGGGAGGUGAGAUGGUGGUAAUCCUAAGCAUUAUACUGUUGAGCAUUCUCAUUGUGAUUUUUGGUACCUAUACGUCUAUGGUUCAAAUUAUUGGGGAAAUCACUAAUUCUUGAUUUUGCGAUUAGCAUGUGUAUUGUAACUAACACUGAAAUUUUUGACCGCUUAUAUGAAGGGAGAUAAUAAAAAUAAUACGAGUAGUUAAUUUUUUCA